AUGAAGCUGUCGGCCAUCCUCCUCCUCUCUGUUGUCGGACUCUGUGCAGUUUACGCCGCUGAUGUCGUUGACGGAGAAGUGACAGAUGACGGCCCAAAAACUGUCCAGGAAGAAGAAUCCCUCGAUAUCGGAGCCUCCCCAGAUGCCGGACUUGCUUUCCACUUCGUUCAACCAGCUGAUGCCAAUGUUGUUCACGAGUUCUACACCGGAAAGCCAGUCAAGUUCUUGAUCGGAUUCCAAAACAAGGGAGAAAAGGACUUCGUCGUGAAGUACUCUGAGACUUCUUUCCGUUUCCCAACUGACUACAACUACCAUCUCCAGAACUUCACCCGCGGAGAAUACAACCGUCGUGUUGCACCAAAGGAGGAAGUCACCCUUGACUACGGAUUCUACGCUCACGAGACUUUCGCUGGACGCCCAGUUGGACUUGUUGUCAAUGUUCACUACCAAGAUGCUGAUGGAAACGCUUUCGUCAACAACGUCUUCAACCAAACCGUCAACAUUCUCGAGGACGACUCUGGAUUCUCUGGAGAGACUGGAUUCCUUUUCAUCUUCUUCGUUGCUCUUUCCAUCGGAGGACUUUACCUCGCCAACCAAUUCUUGUCAAAGCUUUCCCGCAAAUCUGGACUUUCCAAGCGCAGAGUUGUGGAGCAAGGAACAUCUUCUGAAGUUGACUUCGAAUGGAUCCCAAGAGACGCCGUCAAGAACAAGGAGAAGAGAUCACCAGUCGCCGGAUCACCGAAGGCUCGCAAAACAGCCAAGAAAACAGACUAA